UUUGGAGACAUGAAUCCAGAAGACGUGGUUAUCAUUCUCAGUGAUGAUGAUGAUGAUGAUGAUGUGUCCAUCAACGACUCGGUCUACAUCGUCGAAGACAUCCAGAACAACGUAUACCCAGUAGAUCAGUCCAACUGCAGCAGGUCACAUGAUCCUGAAGGAGAAGAGGACCUGGUCGUGACUUUCUGUCAGAGAGGAGAGGUGCUGCCUCACGCACGCUAUGACUGUACCGCGCACGCCUUCACACCAACAGACGGUGAUGUAGGAGGACCAAUAGAAUCCAACCAGCUCUUCUGUCACCAGUGCUUCUGUUACGUCUGUGACAAGGUCGCCUCGGAGUGUUCUGUGUGGACUGUGUCAGGAGUGUGCCACUGCAACGCCCAUAAGAGGAGUGUGUUCUGGAGCAACAAGAGAGACAAGGUGGUUCUGGGAUACCUUCAGAUGUUUAACUUCAACCUGCUGGAGAUCGACAGCGACCUCCGACUGGCAG